GCCGCCGUGCCACACCACGCCGCUCCCGCCCGGGAUCACGUCUCGGCCCGUUCCCGUUACGCUAUACGCGCCGGGACUCUCGUUGAAUGGAAAAAUGUUCCCAUUGACGCCGUCGACUACGACGACGACGACGACGACGACGCCGUUCGCGAUUCCAACCGCCUCCUCCUCUCCGUCCGCCCGCCGCCGCCGCUGCCGAUUCAUCGUUGCUCGCUCUCGCACACUUUCCAGUGACUCCCGAACGCGCGUUUUUCGUAUGCACGCGCACACGAUAUGUAUCAUAUUAUGUUUGAUUAACGACACGAUUCUUCGAUGUAAUAUCAAUUUUUUACGAUUUCGUCCGCAAAUCACGCGCACGCGACGUAAUCGUUUUCGAUACGCGGAAUGAAACGACGAACAAAAAAAAAAAAAAAUCAUCGUAUCGUACUUCUCAUCGUCAUCAACGUACUAUAUUGUAUGCUACAGGGCUGCACACGAGGUAAAAACACUACCGGCUGCCGCGUGACGACAUAAUAUAAUAUUAUGUAUUUUUAUAGCCGCUAAAAUCAUUCAAAUAUGUCAUACAAUAUCGCUGAUCUAUACGCUACUCUGUGCGAUCGACGAUAUUUGACUACUAAACAUGAUAUAUUAUAUAUUAUUACAUACCUACCGCUACGAACCAUAGAGUAAUAAACAUAGUAUCAUAUUAUUAUAAAAUUAAAGACGCUAUCGACAUGUUAUUUUGACAUAUUCGCCGACGAGAUUGAGCUAAUUGGCUAAUCGAAAUCACGGACGGCUGCCACGCGCGAUACGCUUCGUAUGAGUAAAACGUGUGGCAUUAUUUAUUUACCGUUCGCACCGUCGGUUCGUGGUUUUUAUAAUUAAAAUUACACUCUUUUCAAAACGACAUACAGCUGCAGCUUCAGUUCUAAAGAUAUAUUUAAUUUUGUAAUAAGAAUCGGGAUAAACAUUACAACGACAUUCCAACAUUUUUUAGGGUUGGUGAAUUUACAAUCAAUGAAAUGAUGUCCUGUCAAAUGGCAAAUGGCCACAAGUAUAAUAUCCAGAGUUUAACGACAUGCAGAGUUAGUGGGUCUCCGAUGCGAGCCGAUUUACAAAAGGCAGUGGUAAACAAUUUACUGCGGGGAAGGAUACCGAUCAAACAAGGGUACGGUUCAACUGAACAGGGUAUUUUAACGGUUUGGUCGAUGGAUUCGGGUAUAGGUACCGUCAGAGACGGAUCUGUCGGGAGACCAGCAGAUGGUAUAAAAAUCAAAAUCGUUAGCUUAAAAACUGGCGAAUAUGUUGGACCCAAUACUGAAGGCGAAAUUCGUAUUAAAUCGGUGUCCAAAAUGAUGGGAUAUGUCAACGACAUGAAAAAAACGAUUUGUUCGUACGACGAGGAUGGUUGGUUCAGGAGCGGUGAUGUUGGAUACUAUACGGACGAUUGCUGUUUGUUCAUUGUCGGUCGGAUUAAAGAGUUAAUGAUUUACAUGGACGAACAGAUCGCUCCGGUCGACAUAGAAACCGUUUUAUUAAGUCAUCCUGCCGUGCUCGAGCGUGGAGUGACGGGCAAAUACAGUGUUCACGGAGAUUUGUUGGUAGGAGUUGUCAAAGUCAAAUCUGGUCAAAAUGUCGCACCCGACGUACUCGUAUCGUAUGUCAAUGAUAGAGUAAAAGACCACGAGAGACUGCGUGGCGGUAUUAUAUUCGUAGACGAUGUGCCUAGAGGUCGAUCCGGUAAAUUGCAACGAGAAGAACUUCUUAAGCUCGUACGAUAAUUGUAUUUGCAUACAAUUAAUUAUUAUCAAUAAAAAGAACAUAACAGUAUAAUAUGGAAUUUUUUCACCCGAUCAACAGAUGGUUAACUGUUUACAUUAUUUCAACAUUUUUAUAUUUUUAUAGUACUAAGCGCAUUUUAUGAAAAAUACAAUUACCAUUUGGUAACGGCAAAUAUAUUCUCUUUUCGAAGCGUCUUCUGAAAGCGUCAUCAAUAUCCCAUGGAUGAUUAGUGGCUGCCAGAACCAUGAUAGAUGGGGUUAGGUUAGGUAAUCAAUUAUUCAUGUCUAGAAAUAUUCACCUGGACGAGUUUAAGCCAUCCAUGUGAAUCAAGAGUUCUGCUUUAAACCUCCUAGACGCUUCGUGUUCGCCUUCGGAACCCCGUAAGGAACACAGCGAGUCUACUUCGUCUAUGAAUAUUGUUGACGGCGAAUGGAUUUUUGCCAUUUCAAACAAUAAUCUGACCAAUUUCUCCGAUUCUCCUCGGUAUUUAGACGUCAUCGUAGACGAGGAAACGUUGAAAAACGUCGUCCCGCAUUCGGUAGCCACAGCCUUGGCCAACAUUGUCUUUCCGGUACCGGGCGGACCGACCAUUAAAACACCCUUCCACGGUCUCCGGAUACCCUACAAAACCCAACAUCGUUAUUCAACUAUAUAUGUCAGCUGUAAUAGUAGGAGGUAGGAUCAAUCCGUUCAAUCCUGUAGCCGGUCCACCGCCGACGGUAGCGAUCGUAAUCGAGUGAGGGUGGCUUUGGACGGCAAACACUUUGCGCCUCUGAUCGGCGGUUACUCCGUCAACGUGCACCAUGACGACGUCGGUGAACGGCGGGCCCGUCCUUUGCAGUUGUACACAUCGAACGCGUGAACUAACUGCACAUUGACCGGAAGGAACGCAAUACAUUAUUAUAAUAUAUAUAUAUGUAUAUUAAACAGCCUUUAUUGUGGUGUAGGUAUACGUCGCGGGUGCAUUGAACCGGCCGCCGUCACCACCACCACCGGAACCGGCAAAACUGAAGACGUACCUAAUAUGGAUUUGGUAUACAUAUACAGCUAACACAACGAUCGAGGGCUACAUUUGCAGAGUGAAUUAUUAAUAAAAAAAAUGGAUAUAUACGUAAUUUGUGUGAGCGUUUGUAUGUAUACAUAUAUAUACAGCAUACACUCAACUAUAUUUAAGGCACGCCAAGGAAGACAACGGAACGUCGACCCAGUGAACCCAAUUUAUACGUAUAUACAUAUAAAUAUAUAAUAUACGUUAUUAUAUAUUAUAUAUAUACGUUUUUACAGCUUUAAAGGUACUCGAUUAUACACUCCAAUAGAUAACUGAUUAGGCGAUUAAUGUCAUUGCCGGGUCAUGAACUCAAACCCGUGUAUAAAUAGAAGCAGAAUAAAGCGAAUAAAUCAUUCAACACAAGUGAUUAUUGGGCGGGGAGAGGGCUAAAACGUAAACAAAUUUUUGCGUGCACAACCUAUGCCGUAUUACCGUCACCAUUUACUAACCGACAACCAUCGAUAUUACACGUCUUGUAUACACGAUCGAAGGAAGUGGAGAUUUUUUUUAAUUAUUCAUAGGGUUUUUUUUUCUUUUUAAAUUAUAAUGUUUCAUUAACAAACAAAUUUUAACAAUUAAAACAUAUAGUAAAAAAUCAUAAAUUAUCAGUUUCGUUGUAUAUUUCUCUACUAUGGUUGUAAAAAAAUAUACGUAAUAAAUAAGUAAUAAUCUA